UUCGCUUUCAGUUUGAAUUGUGUCCUCGUUAAGAAAGGAUAUUCGUUACAUUGUUGUUAAGUUGUUAUUAUAAUUUCACAAACAAACCAACCAACCAACCAAAAGCAAACCGAAAGCCAACUGCUCGCUAAAGAGAAUUCAAAAUAAAAACCGAAAAAAAGAGAUAACCAAAAGGAAUCCACUUGCCUUGAGUGCUGGGGAUUCUGUCUGGGAACAUAAUUCAAAAAACCAAAUGAACUUUUCGAAAACAAAUUUCAUUGGUCUGUGAUAAGUGAAGGUCAAGCAAAGAGGAAAUUUUUUAUGAAAACUAAAAAAACAAACGAACCACAAACAACACGCAGCGGAACCAAACGGCAAGGAAAACCACAAAAAAGGCAGAAUUUUCCAAAUUAGCAAAAUUGUAGAAAUUAUUUAAUGCAUCAAAUCGUUUGACCAAACAACAAGCAGCAGCAGCAACUGUGCGGUUUCACACAAAAAGGCGGCCAUUCAAAAACCAAAAAAUAAAAAACAAAAUAUAAAAAAACCAAAAACCUAGCCAAAUUAUAACACAAUUUAUUUAUAUCAUCAACUGCAAGGCGGCAGGCACUUCAUUAAGCAUCAAAGCGAGCUGCGUCCAACCGCAGAACGUGCAAAUUGCGCACCGCAACAGCAGCAGCAGCAGCAGCACCACCGCCCCCGGAGCCACCACUGCACCACUGCAACACGACAGCCGUAAAAUGUUGGCCAUGCCCACGCUGAUGAUGCCAGCCACCGCCCAGAUGACGCUCAGCGCCGCCCACGGAAAGCCCUACGAGACAAAGCUGCUGGCCAUCCACCAGACGCACCUGCAGCAGCAGCAGCAGCAACAGGCGCCCGCCCCCCAGCAGCAGCAACAGCAGCAGCAGUCGCAGUUGCAACAGGCCCCCAACGGCAAGCAGCAGCCGCAGCAGAUGACCAUUGUCACCACGCAGCAGCAGCAGAAACAGCAGCAGCACCCCCAGUCGCAGUCGCCGCAUCAGCAGCAGCAGUCGCAGCAGCAGGCCGCAGCAGCAGCCGCCGCUGCCGCCGCAGCCGCCCACCAUCAGCAGCAGCAGGCGGUGGCCGCCGCCGUCUGCGCCGCCCAGCAGCAGGCGGUGGUGGUGCAGCAGCAGCAGCAGUACCAGAUCCACUCGCAGCAGCAGUCGCCGCAGCAGCAGGUGCUCUGCAUCUCGCCCAAGCAGGAACAAUUCCACAUCUUUGUCGGCGACUUGAGCUCAGAAAUUGAAACUCAGCAAUUGCGCGAAGCAUUCACACCAUUCGGCGAAAUCUCCGACUGUCGCGUGGUGCGCGAUCCACAAACCUUGAAGUCGAAGGGCUAUGGCUUUGUGUCCUUCAUCAAGAAAUCGGAAGCCGAGAGCGCCAUUACGGCCAUGAAUGGCCAGUGGCUUGGCUCCCGUUCAAUUCGCACGAAUUGGGCCACACGGAAACCGCCGGCGAGUAAAGAGAACAUCAAGCCGUUGACCUUCGACGAGGUCUACAAUCAGAGCAGUCCCUCCAAUUGCACCGUUUACGUGGGCGGCGUCAACAGCGCCCUCACCGCCCUCAGCGAGGAGGUCCUCCAGAAGACCUUCGCCCCCUACGGCGCGAUACAGGAGAUCCGCGUCUUCAAGGACAAGGGAUACGCCUUCGUGCGCUUCUCCACCAAGGAGGCCGCCACCCACGCCAUCGUGGGCGUGCACAACACGGAGAUCAACGCCCAGCCGGUGAAGUGUUCGUGGGGCAAGGAGAGUGGUGACCCCAACAACGCACAGACCAUCGCCACCCAGGCGCUGAACAGUGCCGCCGCCGCUGCCGCCGGCUUCCCGUACGGAGUGGGCGCUGCCGCCGCCGCCGCCGCCUACGGACAGCAGCUGGCCGCCACGGGCUGCUGGUACUCGCCCACGCCCACCUAUCCGGCCUCUUCGGCCACGGCGGCCGCGGUGACCCCGGCGGCGGCCAGUGCAGCCGCUGUGCAGAACCAGUUCCUGCAGGGCAUCCAGGGCUAUCACUUUGGCCAGUACGGCGGCUAUCAGCAGGGAUACAUGGGCAUGGGAGUGCAGAUUCCGGCCACCUGGCAAGGCGUCACCCAGGCGCAGAUCUCACCUGCCCAGCAGCUGGCAACGGGCGUGGCUGGCACCGCCAUUCCGCAGGCCGCCGGCGUGGUGGCCUAUCCGAUACAGCAGUUCCAAGUGAGCCCACAGGCACAGUAAACGCCAAAAGCCAAAAACCGAAAACCAAAGCAAAAUUUUUAAGUACAGCUGCAAUUUUCUGAACAGAAACAAAACCAAACUGAGCUGUAAAUAAAAUGCGAAGCGCAGAACACACAAAUUGCAAACAAUUGAUGGCAACUUGAAGUUUGGCGAUUUUAGAGAGCUGCACCCCAGAAACCAAAAGCAAGCGCGAAUGCAAAAUCCGAAAUCCAAAACCCACACCCACAAAAGUAUAUAUCUAUAUAUAUAAAAAACUAGAGCAUAAUUAUCUGUCAACGCCCGUUGAAUAAGCAUCGGGGGAAGCAAACAAUUAUUAUGUAUAUGCAAAAAAAAGGCAAAGAAAACGAACAUAUUUUUAACCCUAGUUGCUUACACCAUCACACACACACACACACCUCACACCACAUAUUUUAAUGCUUUAUGUAAAUGUGAUGAAGCACGGCGCGUAUAUAAAAUAAUAAUAACAAUUAUUAAUUGAAGAAGGAAGCAGGAGCGUAAAUAAAAAGGGGCAUACAAUCUGGUCGAAGGAGAACGCAAAUCGAGUGGGUUGUAGCGGCCUAAAUUAAACACAGUCGCGGCAUUAAAUUAAAAUAAACAUAAUUAAAAAUGCGUUAAAAUUAAUUACGCGCACACAGGCAGGCUCACAUGUAUGCAAGUAAAUAUUUGUGCGUCUGUGUGUAUGUAAGCAGCCCUUAACCCCACAUUAUCCUUCUCAUCUCACAGCAGGACCCGCAUCAUUUUGUAUUGCCUACUUUUGUGCGCAGUUUGGUUCUAGCUUAGCACACACACACACACUACUUUCACUGAACGAGUGAAAGUAUAUCAUUCUUAACCAUCUAACUCUCGCAAUUGAGUAGAAGGUCGAAGUUAAAUGGUUAAGAAAGACUAAGAAUAGUACUUUCACUCAACCACCCACACUUAGCACUAGUGCCUAUAACUAUGAUAGAUGAUACUGCUUAGAAACAACUGCCAGUUAUCGGGCCAAGUGCAGUUGAUUGGCCAACUAGCUCGUCAUGUCCUGCUAUCAUUUCCUAUAUAGAAUGCAACUGAAAGUUCACGCACUCACACCGAUUUGUGAUCGAUCAGCAAUCGAAAGACAGGUUCCUACACACGCACACUCACACGGUCUCACCAGCACUCGCAGUUCGAAGUAUCUGAAUAUAUAGUAAUCGUACGAAAGUCCAGGAAAGUCCAGCCAGCCCAGCUCAUUAUUUGCUUGAAAUCCGACUCUUAACUCCUUAACUCCAUUAUGACUUUCGCUUCACUUUCAACAAGCGCUUCACGAGAGCCCAUGUACAAAGCAGCCGCAAAAAUGUUUCAAACUCCCUUCAACAACUUACUCUUUAACACGCCAGUAUUAACCCAUGUUUGUACAUGUUACGUUUAUGGUUUUAUUUCAGUUGCCAGAAGAGGAAUGGUUAGCUGCAAAUUUGUUGUGUUAGUUCUCUGUUGUUUAGGCCAAACGAAAGCGAUAAGGAUACCCAAAGCAAACCAAGUCAAACCAAACUAAACCAAACCAAACCGAAACCGAACCGAUAACCAAACAGAAUAUCCAAGUAGCUAAUAAUAUAUAUAUGGUAUAGAAAGACAGAGAGAGAGAGAGAGAGCAGAACUCCCCUACACAAGUAAAGUAUAUUGAAAACAAUCAAAGUAUGCCAUCGAAUGAUAUUAAUUGAUAUUAGCUAAUCGAGCAUAGCCGUAAUAAAGUAGAUAUUAUCGCCUAAUCAUAUAAGCCAAUAAACACACUUGCAGCCCGAAAACAGAGACAGACAGUUUCGCAGGACACAGGACACAGGACACGAUAACGAUAACGAUACCCAAGAGGCAAGCAUUAAUCAACUUAUAGACAACAUGACACACACCUACGAUAGGGAUCGAGAAUUUCAGAUGGUAGUACAUGAAUGUGAAACAUAAAAAUAGUCAUAUGGUAAAUACAACUAAAAGUGUAGAGUAUUUAAAUGUAAAGUGGUAAAUCCUAGACUUAGAGUUGGUUGAUAAGUACAUAGAGUAUACAGCAUAUGCAUUAAACAAACAUGCUUAUAUAACAUAUAUAUACAGGCCGUAUAGAGAACACCCACACUCACACCCACACCACAAACAAACAAACACACACACACACAAUCACACUCACACGGUGUUCACAUAUGGAGAAGAAAAACUAAAUGCGAGCAACGUAUGGUAAAUGAUAUUUAUUGUUUAUUGUGUUGUAUGCGUUGGAUGAUAAAUCACAAAUAGAUGUUCAAAAUGAAAACCAAUUAAAACGAUGACAAGAGCAGCAACAACAAGCAAACAAAUCCCAAGUACUAGAAAUAGCAAUACGCAUACGUAACGUAAUCGCAAUCGCAAUCGCAUUCGCAUAUAUACUCGUGCGUAUCGGACAAUUAAGCUGCAAAGGACGAAAGGACGAGGCUUGAUUUGCAUUUGACACGCCCCAAUCCCCAGCGAAUUGGCAGCGUGGAAUUUGUUAUGUCAUUUUUUAGUGGAAUUUUUCGCAGCUAACGGAUCAGAGCAUUUAGUUACUCGGGUGUGGCCCCCAGCACCAGUAAAUGUCUAUCGAUAAUACCCACGCCGGAACACACGUAUAUGUAUAACGAAUAUAUCCAUAUAUGUUUGUAGGAUGCGCUCACUCAGUACGAUAAGAAGGGUCAGGGGAUUUUAGCCAAGGAUCUGUGGAUCAGCAGGACAUGUAGUCUUUAGAGGCAGUCGUACUGUAUAUUUAAAUGUUUUUAGCACUAGAAUUUAGAGAAACUACGAGACGCAUGGCAUGCGACUUAGAUGUAGAUGUGAUUUUAAAGUGGGCGGGAUUGGGCCGGAUUAAUGCAAGUGAA